GAGCAAAACAAAUUCCCCUCAUCAUUAUCUACUUAUCCUCGUAACAUUUCUCAACUCUCCCCAUCAGCAAACUCCGCAAGGCAGAAGCUACACGUUAUUUAUUAAUCCCUUCAAUACCCAAAACUGUUGCAUCUUUUACCACCAAAGAAAGAAAAAAAAACACCAAAUCAAGAACAAGUUUUUGCCAUUUUAAUAAUAAUUUAAUGGCUUCAAAUUCAUCGUUGUACGAAGUGUUGGGGAUCCCAGUGAGUGCAAGUUGCCAUGAGAUAAAAGCAGCGUACAGGAAACUAGCAAGAACUUGCCAUCCUGAUGUUGUGUCUGUAAAUCAGAAAGAUAUGUCAGCCAACGAGUUCAUGAAAAUCCAUGCAGCUUAUUCUACCUUGUCUGACCCUAAUAAGCGUGCAAAUUAUGACAGAGAUCUUUAUAGGCAUCGCCAGCCUUUUGGUUCCUCUUCUUUCAACUCUGCAACAAUGGCAUCUGCUUCUGGUUAUGCUUGUUCUGGUAGAAACUGGGAGACUGACCAGUGUUGGUAGUGUUUAAUUUUUUUUAGACUUCUAUUAAAUCUUUUUCUUGUUCUAAUGUAAGUUAGCUGAAAAGGGCUUGCCCAAUUUGAUCCUCUGUUUUAAAUAUAUCAAAAACAGAGUAGAAGACAGGGAAGAAAAGAUAUAUGCGUACAUAGAUCCUGUAUAAUGGAAUAGAUCUUUCUAUUUCUUUUU